AUGAGCAACACACCCAAGCAUAGCCGGGCUAGUACGCGGUUCAGUCACUUCAUCUACUCCCGUGACAAUUACACUAUCGCGUUCAACUUCCAUAGGUUUCUCAUCCCACAUUUUGACGUCUACUGGCUCGAUUUCUGGCGCAAUAGCGUGGGCUCAGCCACAGGUUAUUCAACGAUUCUAGGCGAAGGCGCCUCUGCCAAUAUAUUGACCGGAGGGGCAACAGCAUUGCCCAAGAGACCUGCAAGAUCGGUUGUCUUGACACCAAAGUCGGCCUUGUUGUCGAGUUGGAACAAGGUCACUUUGCCUGCCAGUGGCUUCUCCAAUGUGAGAGUAGCCACGUUGAACACUGGCCCAGCAGGGGCGGUGGGCUGCAAUGCGGGUUGUGGUGCUACCAAAUUUUGGAAUAGAUUCGCCUCUGGUGCUGCGGCUGUUGCCGUGGUUGGUACAGAAGCAUGGCAUGGACCUUCAGUAGGCCAUGUUAUGAUCCGGCAAAGGAAUCCUUUCGUUAUGAGCUUGGACAGGGGAAUUAAACGUUUCCAUCGUCUGGAUGGAUCCUUGCUAGCCGUCCUUCGUUUCGACCAUAGACACAUCUUCAUCGGUUUCCCUGCCUCCUACAUCUGCAUCAAUGGCCCUGCGUUCAUCGGCGAUCUUCUUUGCCUCAGCAAUGGCUUUUCUAGCCUCUUCCUCUCUGCUGUGGUGGUGUGA